CGUAGGUCUACUGACAUCCGGCAGGGGCCUAACAGCUCUGCGCUCACGAUGGAACCGGACCUGUCCGAAUCGUCCAGGCAGCGUCGUUACCGCACCCUACCAGCCAUCGCGAAACGGGUCACUGCUAGGUUUCGCUCGAUCCUCGGCCGACAGAUGGCGUCUAAAGGGUCGGGUAUGUCGGAUCACCAAUCGCCUGCCAAGAGUUCACUCUCUAUGCGUAGCAAUCUCGUUCAAAAGCCAUCCGGGGCUGAUAUUGCGGAGCCUAAUGAACCAAGCGAACUCCUUGCAUCAAAUGAGACCACCCAGAGGCGCUCUGCUGGACGAGAUCGUAUGUCUGACGAUGGUAGUGAAACCUCGCUCGACAUGUCUUGCGAGCCAUCCACCGGAACGAUAAGGGAGACCAUCAACUGGGUUUAUCAACAGCCUGCCAGGGAGGAUCUCACCCAUUCCGUUGUCCACAGCCCCACGCACGCUUUAUCAGAAUCCAGUGGCGACGCAGCGGAGACUGGAGACGAUAUCGACGAGGAAGGACUAUCUGGCGAUGUGUCCCCUCACAAGACGUUUGAAACUCAACGUCGUGGCAUCUUUGCGUUCCGAAUCCCGACAAUGAUGUUUGUCCCCGAGAAUCACUCUACAUCAACCACAGACUUGGACAUGACGGUCGGCGUCGGCGUCGAAAACAUCUCGACCGCUACCAGCGUUAAGAAACGGUCCAGUCCUGCAACACCGACGACCUUGACAUCCCCGGCAAGCCCCAAGGUAUUAGAUGAACAAUCCAAGCGGAUCCGAUUCAACUCUGCCCGUGCUAGGUUGUCCGUCGCCACAACGAGAUCGAACCGACGGAGCUCUAUAACCCCGGGUCGCCUAUCCACGCAUGGAUCCCUAUCACUCACUGCGCUACAAACGAGCGCUUGCACUGUACAAGACCCUCUCAGUAAUUCAAUUUCGUCUUGCGGGACCCAGGCAUUACUACCAUCUGGUAUAACGUCUCCUGAGCGGCGUGACAAGCGCGACUCAUUUGGCGCUUACAUGCCUAUCGCGAAGAAUGUCCAAAACGCUAGAAAAUUCCAGGAUCACCUCCUGCUUGAAAGUCAAGAGCCUAUGUUCACCAUCAACGGGCGUGCAUUGGAUGCUGGGUCAGCAGAAACUACACCGUUCCGUUCGUCUGGAAACUACCCCUUACUGGGCCAUAUAUCAUCCGAGGAUAAUCGCGGUCAACUGGAUAGGCGAGGUUCAGAAUCCCAAACCUCAGAAACGCCCUCUGUUUCAGCCUUUUCGAGUGCAGCAUCCACAUCAGAGUCUGGCUCUCUCAUAACAUCAAUAGAAGAUCUUUCAGAAAUGGACCAGCCCAUACAAGAUAUAACGGAUAAUGAUGAUGGGACGUCAGACAUCACAGAACACACGGACCUGUCGCUCAUCGAAGCGUUUGAGGCUUCGCCAAUGCAGUUCGACCCUAUGCUGUUAUCGGUCCUGAUGUCCCUCAAAGACGAGAUUGUUGACCGUGUCAAGCGCAAGCUGGAGCUGAUGUGGCUCCAGGCGCACGGAACACGGCAGCACCCUUCAAACCAGGCCAGCUCCAGCCGGCCCUCUUCAGAACAGAACGGGGAGAGCACAGAAAAACCUUCCCCUCGUCGUGAUUCAACAACUUACCGGAAGCGCCCGCUCAGUAACGAUGAAGACGGUGAUACGGCUGGAGGCGGUGACGAUGAUGAUGGAGAAAGGAGGAAGCGGAAGGACACCACAUUGAGAUCCACAGCUGGGGAGCGUCUUAGGAAAUUCGCGUGUCCAUUUUGCAAGAGAUAUCCGAAGAGUGAGAAUCUGCAGAAAUCAUGCCAUGGACCAGGAUGGAACUCUGUACACAGAGUGAAAGAACAUAUCUAUCGGCGCCACCAAAAACCAACUUACCGGUGCAACAGAUGUCUGGUCUCCUUCGAAAAGGAGGAAGACCUCAUUGGGCACACUCGAGCAGAACAACGAUGUGAGAACCAGACAGUAUCGACAGAGGAAGAGACUAUAUAUAUCAGCCAAACGCAAGAACGAGCCCUGAGAAAACGGCUUAGGAAUGUCCCGGAAGAGGAGCGCUGGGUCCUUGUAUUCCAGAUCCUAUUCCCGGAUGUCCCAGUCAAUCAAAUCCCUUCGCCUUACUACGACAUCGACUCGAACAGCCUGGCGCUAGAUCUGGCAACCCUGGACGAGUUUCGCACAUUCCUUGUACAAGAGCUACCAGCCCGCAUCGUUAACGACGUGAACAACCACUUUCGUGUUCUGCCGGAAGGCAGCGUGAUGCACAGCGAUAUGACAUGGAUCCUUCGUGACACGAUCCAAGAGGCCAUGGAGGAGUUCUUGCACGGUCCAGCGCCUCACGACGUCGAUCGAGUUGUUGACACAGAUGGUGCUGCGGCUCCCGAAAGUACUUCCCGAGGAAUGAAUACACUGACGGCAGGGAACGUUUCGACAAUCCCUUCAUGCCCUGUUGAUAUGAGCUACAUGUACGCACCGCCUUGGCCUACAUCUCAGCCAUACUCGGCUCCAUGGAGUCUCGCGCUCUACUCCGACCCACCAGGGGCGCCAGCCUUGGAUCUCAUGCUGGAUGGUACUUUUCCAACUGUCAACGGCGUUUCAGCAGUGGCGGCGUCUGGCGCUUUGGUUACUACUCGUAACGUGAGGCCAGGGCCAGAAGAUCUAAGAAAUGACUUUAUGGAGGAGUGUCUCUUUUCCUUCCCUGCCGGUGCAGAAGAUGCCCGAUUCUCUGGUUGAGAGACUGCCCCAUGGCGUAUUAGUUCGUAUAGACUUCUCAUAAAAUUACUUGGUAGUAUCGUUAGCAAUAAAGUGAAAG